AUGGCCAUACCGCCAACAGUAAGGUCCAAUGCACCACCACCCCAACGCUUUGUGCAAAGCACCACACAGGCCACUGCAUCCUCCAUCAAUCAGAUCGGGGAGGUGGACUGGUGCACGAACGUAGCGACGUCAGAGGGCAUUCACCCGAUAUCAAGCCCUCCCAUUCCCGCAGUCCCUAACACCACAGAUGGUGAUCUAUUCGUCCAUGCUUACCUAGAAGGGUCGAUCAAAAAAUUUCAAAUAUGGUUCGUGGAUGUGGGUAGGAAAUCAUGGGUCAAGGCUAAAGCAGACUUGACGGACGUUCAUCCAACGCUGAAAGACCAUCGUCUUAAGUUACCUUCUUCGCCUGGUCAACCUCCGACAUGGGUGACUAAAAAGACGGCAUCAAUGUACAAAGGACGCGAAAACAAACAAGCCAGGGCAUUAGUGAGGGCUGGUGAUCAGGGAAGUUCGAGCUCGAACACUGGGAAAAAAUCGUGUCCACCAAAGUGGUAUCAGAUCCCGCUCACCUUUCUUCUACGAAUAUCACACUCUUCGAAUCCACCCAACCUGUCUACGAAAUACGGUUGUACCAAUUCUGCUACUAUUACGCCGGGUUUAGCAAUUGUCCAUGACACUGCAGUCGUCAUUCGCAAGCUGCGCGGAAAGAGAAGUGGUGUCGAAGUAGAUUUCAUCGAUAAAUCACCGGAUGACGAAUUCGAAUCGUUCACGGAGCUCUUAGAGCAAGCGUACGAUGUUUACUAUAGGGCAGUAGCUCGCAAAUAUGUGCAAAACACUGUAGCCAUAAAGGAAAGACCCUCCUUCUUCAGGUUGGUACCUAGUUCUAAGCAUCUGCAGAGCGUCAACUUUAUGGAAGAACUCCUGGUCAUUUCCUUUUUCGAGUCCAAAUUCAUGUUCAACUAGUCUGUGUCGGUUCCUUUCACUCCCCUGAACUGUCGUCGUCAGCUUCGCUCAUCUGUCGGUCGCAACAUCCUCUAGUCAUUGCCUUUGAAAACAGUCGCGCCC